UCCCCCCUCUAUAAAAAUCACUUCAUCGUCUGUCCUGUUCAAUCAUUCAGAACCGGGCACCCAAUCAACAGCCUUAGGAAGGCGAUUUAUAUGUCGGAAUUGUCAUUCUCUUCAAGUAUCAACGAAGGACAAUUCAGCCUCGAAAAAUAUAUUCCCGCCUGUGAGGUAGCCAAAGCUCUAGAGUCCUCUCAUGCCCAAUAUUCAAUUCGAACGAACAACUUCAAUCAAAAAAUGUCGUAUCGAAUGAAAAAGAACCCUUUCCUCGCCGGCACCAUCCCGACCGGCGAGGAGCAAGAGGAAAGUAAGGGAAAGGAGCCGUUCGCAACGGACGAACUCCCGCCGUGGUAUCAGGAGCCGAGCGCAAUGUCAAAGAUGUCCACCAAGGUGUCUACCAAGAUCAAGAACCUAUUCGGCGCUGGCUCAACUGCCGAUAAGAAGCCAACCCCAAGUGAGAUGAGCGACAUCAGCGAAGAGCCCCUUUAUCCGGAGCCUCUCAAUUUAAACGACAGUGAAGCUCGCCAGUCAAGUGCCAUCAAUGUUGCCGAUCAUCCUCCUUCACGAGUCGUCACUUUUGAGGACGAGCAAUUAGGGCUCACCAGCCAAAGCAACACCAAGGACGAACCAUCCGAGUCUGACGAUCUGAGAACAGUCUAUCAUGAUUCAGAAGAGCAAGGCGAAUCGAGCGAGCCUGCACCAAGCUGGGAGCUGAUAAACCAGCUAAUCGCAGAGAAUGCUGAGUUGAAGCGACGCGAAGAGGAGCGUCGCGAGGAAGAUCGUAUGCGCUACGAAGAGGAAACGAGACGUUAUCGAGUGGAACGAGCGAUUCGCAUGGAGGAGCGUGCGCGCAAUCGUCCGAAGAACAAUCUUGAAGUAGGUCACAACGCCCGCCCACUUCAAGCAAUGCGACGUUCGGAGAUCGAUGCCGCCCUUGCCGCCGGGAGCAAGGCCUACGCCGAAGCCCAAGCCCAAAAAGAGAGUGCGAGCGACUUAUUCUACGAACACUCGCCGGAAUCAGAUGAUUGGACAAACCCGAAACCAUUGCGGCGUGCUCCUUCUCGGCUAAAGGCAUCUACUCCCCAUAGUCUAUUCAAUGACGACUAUGAUAGAAAGAAGGAUUUCCAAAAUCGAAUACAAGAAUUAAGAGAAGCUCGGGAGCAAAAUAAAAUUUCGCGAUUCCAUACCAAUGAGAUGUCCAAGCAUCAUGAGAAGAGCAGCCCGCUACACAUCAAAAAGUACGAGGGAUCAGUCGCAGACAAGCCUCUCCCGAAGACGCCUCUGGCGUCACCCCCUCAGCAGUCAUCCAGAGCCUCCACUGAAGAUUCCUUGCUCCUUGUCAAGGGUUACGAAACAGCCACUGCUCUCAAAGCUCGGCUUAAUGCGCUUCAUGCCUUAACCGGCUCCCCUCCAGAGGACAGUGACCACAGAAGGUCACGAGCAAAGAAGAGUUUAUCUUCGGCCAGUUCCAGUACCGUCUCCAGUACUAUUCCGCAACUCCGAAAGCGCCAUGGCACAGAUCGCGUAGAUCUCACACAAGACUCUCCGCUAGCCGCAAAGGGCCACGCAGGUCUGCGUGGUGACUCCCUCGACUCUGAGCAGGAGGAAUAUGGCUAUGGCAGCCUCUUCUCAACGCCCCAAGGUAAAGGAUCCGUCGGUCUUCAGAGUCGCCGCGUCAUAUCUCGUCGCGUCCAAGAAGCUAAUCGACAGCCCAAAGGCAUUAAUGAUGUUAAGUUGACUAUUCAGGAAUACGAAGGACUAGCUGCCCAGCAACCUCGAACCACAGUACCCAACAACCCUCGCCCAGAGCCCAAGCUUCUUCAGGGAAUUCAGCCCACUAUACAGGGCUUUGAAGGUCUAGCUUUGGGACAGGAUAAGCAAGUACGCUCACCGAAGCUCAGUGCUGCUUCCGACAAAGCUGAGAAGGAAGCCACUGCAGCCGACAGUUCGGCUAGCAACCAGGCCGCAUCUGAUGAGGGAGCACGUUUUAAAGCAAUGAUUGAAAUGCUCAGUGGGGUAGCAGACGAUGCCGACAGAAUGGCGGAUGUUAUGGGAGAUGUGAGCCAAAAAAUUGGCACGUUCAUCCACUACAUCGACAUUCUCGAUUCAAACGCAGAAAAGUUGAUCGAACUCGCCACUAAAAAGGAAUAGAUCAAUACCAACCACGCCCGAGCAGUUAUGUGAGAGGCAAACUAUGCUCAAGCAUUACAUGAAUGAUAAACGACCCGAACGAGAUGCAAUGAAUUAGGAGGACCAUGUUCGAUUAGCAAGCUGAUGAUGUACGAAGUGUUAGGAGUCCUUUACGAUACAACGACUUUGAACAAUGAAGUGCAUAUGUACGAGGUAUGGAAAUGACUACAUUAUGUAUAUGUAUGUAGCUCGAACUCGUUGUCUGAUGAAGAGGAGAGAGGCAUCAUGGCCAUUGAUGGUGCAUGGUAUGGCACAAGUUCCG